CGAAGUCUUUACCAGGAAGUGGAGUUGUGAUGUCAACAUGUACGUGUAGCUGUCGACAUGGAGCUUCUAGUCUUUUUUUUUUAUUAUAAAACGUUGCUUUAGGAUUUAAACUCACUGGUUUGAGAAUGAGAGCCGUUAGCCUUACAGUUUUGCUGCUGUCCCUUUUUCUGUUAUUCGUGAAUCUAUGCAUGUCAGAGCGAACUGAGAAGGAAGUGUCGCUGGACGUGCGUGAGAUAGAUGGCGGAGGGGAUGUCAACCCCAAGGAUAAUACUCCGGCUGAAAACAAACAAACAUUAAUAGAACAUGAAACAGAAGAUGGACUCGAUUCAAUCGAAAAAACUAAACAAAAGGACGGGCCGUCUGUCAGCAAGUCCAACGACACUGAUAACUACAUCAAUGAGACCCUCCACUCUACGACACCUGCUGUUAAGCCACCGACCCCGGCACCCCCAACCCCCAAACCCAUUCUCCCCGUGCAGACAGGGGUUAAGGCUCAAGAAGAAGAGCAGUCCAGUGGGUUGACCAUAUUCUUCAGCCUGCUGGUUAUUGGUAUCUGCAUCAUAUUGGUGCACCUGCUCAUCAAGUUCAAGCUGCAUUUUCUUCCAGAGAGCGUGGCUGUCGUGUCCCUUGGGAUUCUAAUGGGAGGCUUCAUUAAGAUCAUUGAGUUCCAGGAACUGGCCAACUGGAAGGAAGAGGAAAUGUUCCGACCCAACAUGUUCUUCCUUUUGCUCCUGCCACCCAUCAUCUUUGAAUCUGGAUACUCUUUACAUAAGGGUAACUUCUUCCAGAACAUCGGCUCCAUUACGCUCUUUGCUGUGAUCGGCACGGCUAUCUCUGCCUUCAUAGUUGGAGGAGGUAUCUAUUUCCUUGGGCAGGCUGAUGUGAUCUAUAAGAUGACCAUGACUGAUAGCUUUGCUUUUGGCUCAUUGAUCUCAGCUGUAGACCCUGUAGCUACCAUCGCCAUCUUCAACGCCCUGAAUGUGGACCCGGUACUCAACAUGUUGGUUUUUGGUGAGAGCAUCCUCAACGACGCAGUCUCCAUUGUCCUCACAAACACAGCAGAGGGGUUCUUUUCCCGUUCAGACAACUCUAUGGUAACAGGCUGGGAGACUUUUUUGCAAGCGCUUGGGUAUUUCCUUAAAAUGUUUUUUGGUUCUGCUGCCCUUGGAACCCUCACUGGACUCAUCUCGGCCCUUUUUCUAAAACACUUUGAUCUGAGGAAGACGCCUUCACUGGAGUUUGGUAUGAUGAUAAUCUUUGCGUACCUUCCCUAUGGCCUGGCAGAAGGCAUCAAGUUGUCUGGAAUAAUGUCCAUCCUGUUUGCGGGAAUUGUGAUGUCCCAUUACACCCAUCACAACUUGUCUCCUGUCACCCAGAUUCUCAUGCAGCAGACACUGCGCACAGUGGCGUUCAUGUGUGAAACAUGUGUUUUUGCCUUCCUUGGUCUCUCCAUCUUCAGCUUCCCUCAUAAGUUUGAAAUAUCCUUUGUUAUCUGGUGCAUAGUCCUGGUUCUGCUUGGCCGAGCAGUGAACAUCUUCCCUCUAUCAUUCCUGCUGAACUUCUUCAGAGACCACAAGAUCAACCCCAAAAUGAUGUUCAUCAUGUGGUUUAGUGGUUUGCGAGGUGCUAUCCCCUACGCACUGAGCCUCCAUCUGGGCCUGGAACCUAUCGAAAAGCGACAACUAAUUGGAACCACCACCAUCAUCAUAGUGCUCUUUACUAUCCUCUUCCUGGGGGGAGGCACUAUGCCACUUAUUCGCAUCAUGGACAUUGAAGAAAGUCAGUCGCGGCGUAAAAACAAGAAAGAUGUCAAUCUCAGCAAGACACAGAAAAUGGGUAAUACCAUUGAGUCAGAGCACCUAUCAGAACUGACAGAGGAGGAGUACGAGGCUCAGAUCUACCAGAGACAAGAUCUGAAGGGCUUUUUGUGGCUUGAUGCUAAAUACCUUAACCCCUUCUUCACUCGCAGGCUCACUCAAGAGGACCUAUUACAUGGACGGAUCCAGAUGAAGACCCUGACCAACAAGUGGUAUGAAGAGGUUCGCCAGGGACCCUCAGGCUCUGAGGAUGAUGAAGAUGAAGCAGAACUUCUGUGAAGUGAACAAAAGCUUUCAGUUUGUAUGAAAACAAUGAAUGGACGGUGUGUGAGCGUGUGCUCGUGUUUGAAGACAGGCUCUCUUUUCAGUGCCAGUCACGUGCACUUGUUGUUCGUUCACCUGCCUCCAACCUUGUGCUGACAGAGAAGUCUCAGUCUGCGCCCACAGUGAAUUUUUAGUUCACAAAGAGGGCUGGUAUGUAUGAAAUUAUUGUGUGCUCUCAGUAAAACUGGAUUUGAAAAUUGUAACACUGGAUGAAGGAAAAUAUAAUCUGUGAAAAUGAUGUUUGCCAGUUUUUACAGAUUACGCCAUAUUGUUACUCGGUAAAGAAAAUGUUGAUCUUGAGAAACUCCAAGGCUUUUCUGUUUAAAGGUUUGAGUCUGAAGGGAAGACGGCAGGGAAGCUGAGCGUGAAUAAUCUGACGUGAAGCAAUACUAGAGCACCUUUCGCUUUUUAAGCUUGGCUGAAAUUUUACUUUGAGUCAGGAGAACGAUACAGUGUAAUGUCACUAAAAGCUCAAUGUUUAUACCUGUAGUACGGGAUUUUUACUGACCAAUGAACAUCUGUUACUUUCAAGCCCCUGUUACCUGGAGAUGAUUCUCUUGGUGUUUCACAGGUCUGUGGCAACUCUGCUGUGGCAACAAGUGACUAAUUGAAUAGCUUCCCCUUAAUUCCCUCUAUGUCUUCACAUUUGUUUGUAUUAAUGGUUCUGAGUUAAUGUAUAUGUUCAAAUAUCUGUAAUGAGAAUAAAAUACCAAAAAUGGCACAUGAGCUACCACCUCCAGAAAAGCAACAAACAGAAAUGCAAAGUUGCAGUGAAACAUGGAGACUUUAUAAAACAUUCAAAACAUUAUUUUAUGGGUGAAUAACUAAGCUCCAGAAAAUUAGAAAUUGCUUUUAUGGUACUAGUUGGGUUUUCCAAAAUUAUUAUUAUUUUUUUAAAUUAUUAGUUUGUUUAUUUUCUCUUGCCACAAUAUUAUGUGUAAAGUACAAUGGGAAAUAUUGCGCUUGUGAUUUUCACUUCAGAUUUGUAAUGGAGAUGGGCACCAAUGAAUGUGUGGGUAACUGGGAUUAAUGCCUUGUGAAUGUUUCUGUUUUUUGUUUUGUGUUUUAUUUAUGUACCAAAUGUCUUGUGAAAUGAAAGCUUUUAUACAAGCUCUAUGAGCACUGCAAAAUUUAGAAAAAAAAUCUAUAAUAAAACCUUGAUAUCCUGUA